AUGAGUGUUGUCCGUUCCGAUCACGUUAUUCCGAUUGAUCUUGGAAGAAUUGCGAAUUCGACGAGUGAUUACAUUGAAGUUGGCAACUCCAGCUUCCACAGGGUUGUGACGGUGGGCAAAAUUGUGCGCAAGGCGAUCGACUUACGCUUGGUUUUAAUUCUUACUGAUGGAAAAGGCAAUGAGCUCCGAGUUGAAAAAGUUUACAUUUCGACAUUCCCCAGAGAAGCCACCGAACGCUUCAGAAUCGAUGAUACUGUUCAAGUCGUUGGCAAAGUUCGAGUUAAUCGUGGAAGAAUCUUCAUCAAUGCCUUCAGUAUUAGACGGUGCAUGAGUUCACAAAUCAGUUGUCAUGAGAGCGAGUCGAAAAUCGCGGAGGAAUAUUACUCGAAACCAAAAGCGGCGACAUUUAUUCCGGCUCCCGCAUCGAAAGAAGCACUUGAGAAGGAGCUCAAUAUUCCGAAAAUGGGGCUCUCGCGAUUCCCGAUGAGCCUCCUUGAAAACUCGUCGGUCACCAAUAAUGGAAAUGAGUGGCCUGAGGAUCUGCCAAUCGACAUGCCGGCCAAUUUGAGGAACCCGAAGCCGGUGGUGGUGCCGUCGCCGCAAGAAGAGGACUCGUUUGAGCGACCGAUUCCGGGAGCUGUAGCUACGAAUGUGGAGUCGAAGGCCGACGAGAAGGCGGUGGGGAAGUCAGAAGCGAAGCCGGAUGAGAGGCCGACGAAUGAGGAGGAUGCUGACGCCGAUUCAGAAGCUGAAUCCGAUUCCGACGCCGAGUCCUACAUGGUGAUUAUGGAGAAAAUUGAUCUGAAACUUGACAGAUCCCUUUUGGAUGCGGGAUUUGAUGGCUAUAAGGUGUCUAUGGAUCCGAUCGAAUUUGAAAAAAAGCUUUUGGAGGAGCAGACUGCAAUUGUGACUCGUGCAAAUCAUCUCAUCUCAUUGCAACACAUGAAAUUAUUCGCAGGCGAUAAUCAGCUAUUCGUGGAUUUUAGAACGACUACCGAACAUUUGAAGCAUUUGUAUCGAUUUGCCAAAAAUGGGACCCUCGAGCGCGUCGUUUACGAUACGCAGCUGAAAACAUGGACCAUUGGAAAAACGUGCGAGAUUGAUGUUCAUCGAAAUGCUUCGCAAAUUUAUCCGAGAAAUGUGAUAUUCGCUGAGCAGUCGUUGAUUGUGAUUGGCGAUGGUCUCAAUGAAGUUCAUGUGUAUUACAUGACGGAGAAGGACGAAUGUCUGCAUAUGCUUCGCUAUAAGGUGGCGAAUUGCGAAGGAAUUUCGCUCGCUGACGCGCGGGUCUUGAACGGAAAUUUGGAGAUUUUGAUGCAUCGUGUUGACGAGAAUCCGAGCGGAAGCAAAUCGAGCAAAUUCGUCACGAAAAUCUUUUGGAUUAGUGUCAGAUUGUCAGAUAUCGAUGUUGUUAAUCAUCUCACUGUUUUGAGGAACCAGGAAAUCAUUCAAGAGGGCCACUUUGAGACAUGUUUUUUUGAUAAUUUUGGAAAUAUGAUUAGUUUGGCAGCGAAGAAGCCGAGAAUUGCUGGCGAACUGCCGGAAAUUGAGGAGAAACACGUGGAACGCAGUUGGAAACAAAUUGAAGAACAGAUUAUUGUGAAUUUCAAGACGAAUCGGCCGAUUGACAAAAACGACAUCAAUUUGAAUAUAACAAAGAAAUCGAUUUUCUUGACGGCAAAAGAGGCGAUUUUGCUCGAAGGCACUCUUUGCGGUGAAAUUGACGAGACGAAUGUCGAAAUCGCCUCAAAUGAUACAGAAUUGGUUCUCAAACUGAAAUCGACCGAUGGCAAACGUUGGAAUGAGAUAAUUGAAGGUGAAAGCGAUUUGGACGAGAUUAAAGGAGCACCGUCGAAGAAGGGUGGCGACGAGAAAGUCUGCGGAACUGAUGAGGUCUCUGAGGAAUGUGACGAGACCGAACCAUCAAUGUCGUUCUAUUGGAUGAAUCCGAACACGAUGGAGGUGUUCAGACAAUGUGACAUCACCGGCCAUCAAGUCGUCUUCGUCGCUCGCGACGGACUAUCGCCGGCCAAAGUUUGCCUUCGUCACGACGUCGAUGGAAUCAUUUGGGAUUUCGCCGAAUAUCCGCCGAAACACUUGGCGACACUUCAGGCGUUCGGAUAUGUGCAGGCGUCGAAGACACAACGCAUCUGGAGUGGAUGCUCGCCGCAUCAGACGUUUGCCGGAAUUGUGGAGUCGAGUAAUCGAGUGCUUCUCUAUUCGCAGCAGGUUUCUGCUGGAGGAAUUUUAACAAAUCGCAAGACGAUGACUCGUACUCCACAUGUUGCGAAGCAGUAUGUUCUCAGAAUCGAAACAUCGGACGUCAUUCGAGGGACCGCCCUUUUUGAUUCGCAUAUGUUCGCAUUGACUGAUAAUGCUAUUUAUGUGGCACAAUUGAACUGA